UGAUUCAGCAAGACUCUGGCAUGCUGAUGAUUGCUGGUUGCCAUGGUGAUCUGGCCGGACAGCGACAAGGGGGCGGAGCUACCGCAAACCGAAUGACCGACGUUGCAGCAUUACACACCUCAAAGCACUUUUACGCAUCAAAGCCUUCCUAAAUUCUUCCCAACUGUAUUUCUUUGGGAUAGCAUGGUUACGUGAAGGCCACAAAACUACUAAUAAAGUAAAAAUAAUACCAGCCGCGAGGAAACGUGUUCUAGAUGAACCAGAGUGAAGUGGCGGUGAGUUAUCUUGACGUGCGUGCGAACUCUUUGUGCUCACCUGUAGCUAGGAUACUUAGCCCUCCUCUGCUGCCGGGCUAAGGACAGUCAUUGGCGGAUGAGCGAUGGGGGACGUACCGCUCCUCUGGAAGUCAGCCCCUGGCAACAUAUGCGCGGUCGGAGCCCAGCGACGACGAUAACCACCAACUUCAAGGAGUCUCCGUACACUCCUGUUUAGUUUCUUCGAGGAGGGUCACCAACAUGGACUUGGCCGAGGAGUCUUCGCCCGCCUUGGCGUUCGAGAAGGAGGCUUUGGAGCUGACUGUCGAGGACGUGUACGACAUCUCCUACGUCAUUGGACGAGACUUGUUGAGGAUCAGCCACAGAGGAGAGGAAGUGUCCGACCUCCAGUUCAGGAUAGUCCGCGUUUUGGAGAUGUUCGAGUCCAUGGUCAACAAGUACAACUUGUCCCUGGAGGAGCUGAAAAUGGAGCGAGACAACCUGAAGACCGAGCUGGACCGCGUCGUCACGGAAAUAUCCACGGGCCAGGGAACGCAAACAGUGGGAGCAAACCAGCUGGUUGUUGACCUGAGUGAUCCCAACAGGCCGCGCUUCACCAUGCAGGAGCUGAAGGAGGUUCUGCAAGAGAGGAACCAGCUGAAAGCCCAGCUCAUGGUGGCGCAGGACGAGCUGCAGCUCUACAAGAGUGGAAUUCUGUCACCGGGCCAAGCUGCCAUGGUGGAAGUGGACCUGGACCCACCAGAAACUCCAGAAAACGGUUCAACGAGGAUCAACCAUUCAAAAGAAGAGAAGACAACCAUCAGUAAACUGUUUUCAUUUCGACGGAAAUAAAGAAGACAACGCUGACGAGCCAUGCGGAAAACAAACUGGAUUUGUUGACAGGUUUCUCACUGGGUUAACAACCACUUUUAUAUUUUUGUACUCUACAUUUGACUUGUAAUGCCAACAAGGUAUAUAUCUACUGUGUCAUCAACAAGCUCACUGGACACUUCAUUAGGAACACCUUUGCUCUGCAAUGUGCUGGGUUAAACUUCUUUUAUUGUAAUUUGUGUCAACGUUGUCAGCCAUUCUCACUACUUUGGUUACCUUGUUUAGCGAUCUAAAAGGGGGAGGAUAUUAGUCAUCGCUCAGCAAAGUACCAACAAAAUAAACAUUCUCAAAAGUACCAUAUUACACAAUUUUAUCUUAUCUUAAUUGUCUCAGAAGUCCCACUGAGGCCGGGGUAUCAAACAGGUUUUAUCCGGCCCGCGGAAUGAGUUUGCUGAGUAUAAAAAUUAACCUGAAUUUUUUGAAUGAAAGAAACAGCUGUUCUAAAUGUGUCUUCUGGAUGUCAUGAUAGCAAUUCUUUGUAGAUAAAAUAAACCAUCAGUACAUCAGUCGAGGAAAAUGAUCAAACUACAGUUGAAGUUAAGUUAAAGUACCAAUGAUUGUCACACACACUAACCCUAACACACUAAUAUGCUUAAUUUUGUUGUGAUGCCCCGCUGGAUCCAUUAAACAAUGUAACAAGGUUUUACAAAAUAAAUCAACUCAAGUUACGUCAAAAAAUGCCAACAUGGCGCUGCCAUAUUUAUUAUUGAAGUCACAAAGUGCAUUAUUUUUUUAACGUGCCUCAAAACAGCAGCUUGGAAUUUGGGACAUGCUCUCCCUGAGAGAUAAUACGGAAGUUGAGGUGGGUGGAGGUUGCGGGGGUGUAUAUUAUAGCGUCCCGGAAGAGUUAGUGCUGCAAAGGGGUUCUGGGUAUUUGUUCUAUUGUGUUACGGUGUGGAUGUUCUCCCAAAAUGUGUUUCUCAUUCUUGUUUGGUGUGGGUUCACAGUGUGGCGCAUAUUAGUAACAGUGUUAAAGUUCUUUAUACGGCCACCCUCAGUGUGACCUGUAUGGCUGUUGACCAAGUAUGCCUUGCAUUCACUUGUGUGUGUGAAAACCCGUAGGUAUUAUGUGAUUGGGCCGGCACGCAAAGGCAGUGCCUUUAAGGUUUAUUGGCGCUGUGUACUUCUCCCUACGUCUGUGUACACAGCAGCGUUUUAAAAAGCCAUAAAUUUUACUUUUUGAAAUCGAUACCGAUAAUUUCUGAUAUUAUAUUUUAAAGCAUUUAUCAGCAGAUAAUAUCGGCAGUCCAAUAUUAUCGGACUUCUCUACUUGUUCAUGUUUGUAUGCUAGUUUUUGUAGUUUCUCAUCUUGUUUUAAAAGCUAUGGUUUGUUUGUUUUCUUGUGAAAAAAAAUAUUUUUUUAAAUCUAUAAUUUUUUGGAAACAAAUUUUAAAAUGACGCUUUUUUCAGGCCAUCUCAGCGCUUACUCACUGUGCAUGUACUUUUUAUAUUUUGAAAAGGUUUUAAAAUAAUACUAUAUAUCGGCAGAUUGUAUCGGCAGUCCGAUAUUAUCGGACAUCUCUACUAUUCGCUGAAGAAAAACUAAAUAAUCAAAAUAACAGCUUUGUUUGAUCAUUUGCCCAAUUUAUGACGUUUUUCCUCCUGGUGACAUAUCACUGACUUGUAUGGUAGCAAUUUACCUGGAGAGCUUUGCACGAGUCUGCCGUUGUAGUCUCUCGCUUGGACUUAAGAAGUCCAAUGCAGAAUACAAGCAAUAAGUUCCUUCUUUUCUAUCCUCUUUUUGUGGGGCAGACUGACUCGUACAUGCACAUGCAUCCUCCGCUGUUGCCAUUUAUUAUACAGACAUAGUUUUACCAUAUCUUUGAGUAGACUCCAUAUGGAAGCACUAAAAACUACAACUUGACUGACAGGGAGGAGAGGACAGUUAUAGUGGAGGUACGUAAAUAAGACUUGAAGAGACGGUCAGAAAGCGACUUCAAGAUGGUCUGUAAAACAUCAUCUAUGCAACAUUUUGACCAACCACCAUUACAUGUUAUGCAGACCACAAAGGAGUGUCUAUACCAGACCUGGGCAAAUUAAGGCCCGGGGUCAACAUUUCAAUCUGGCCUGCCGAACAUUCCCAAGUCAUUUUUUUUUUUCUAUCUUUAAGCUGGAAAGUGUAGAUGCCAUUAUGAUGUGCAGUGAUGUUUUCUAAUGACCGUAAGUCUCGAACUAUACCAAGUCUUUCAAUGGUUGAAAUCUGCACUUUUGCAUGAUAAAUCAGUUACUAUGGUAAUCUAAUUAGAUACUAUGGUAAUGUAAGUCACAGCAGCUCAGACGAGGCACCAAGCAGUGUGGGUGGGGAGCGUUUCCACAGAGUGUUUCCAGAGCCCGAAAUGUGUGUGUCAGGGACAGAUGCGGAAGGAGAUUUUUACAACAAAGUUCUAAAGCUUAGUGAUUUAUCAGAUAGUAGGUGUUCUUUUGUUAGUUUUUUUUACCCUAUUUUGCUGUGUUUGUAUAUGUGGAUGGAGAUGGGGUGUGACGUUCAAAAUGUUGUCAAUAUUCAGUGUUUUAUCAUUCAUAGUUAAUAUUGUAAAUCCCUGUGACUGUCUCAAGCCGUUGCCUUGCGGGUUCCAUGGACCACCAAGGAAGACACGACUUUGAACAGUUUGACUUUGUUUAUUUUUCAAUAAACACCUCAGUCCAGGUCGCUUUCCCGCUCCUCUUUUCCGCUCGCUCGUUGUCUGUAUUCGGCUCUCACCCUCUCUCGCUCUGCGUCAGCUGCACUCCUGCUUCUUCCAGUCUCUCCGCCUCUCAUCCCGACGUUCACGGCUGCCGUCCUUUUAACCAGUGCGAGAGGAUUGCAUGAUUGUCCCCAGGUGCGUGAUCUACGCACCGCCCCGCCCCGCCGCUCGCUUGCCGUCGGACCGUCGGCUCCGCCUCUCCACAAUCUCGCAUUCUUUAUUUUCAUGUACAUUCCGGGUGUCUCAUUCUGUAAAAAAAUUUGAAAUUCCAUUCGGUUUUUUUAAGGCGGUCUGUCGUAACGUUUUUAGCAUUCAAUCAGACAUUAUUGUGAGGUUUUGUAUUGGUGUUCGUAAAAAUAAUACCGGCCCCCAGACACAUUUUUUUUUCUCAAAAUUUGGCCCCUCCCCCGUCAAAAUAAUUGCCCAUGCCUGGUCUAAAAUUAGGGAAAAAAAUAGGCCCCCUUUAAGACGUGUAGUAAAGCCUCUUGAAACUUUCUGACGUCAUGAAAAGCCGCAAUUUAAAUGGAGUGUUUAAGCGUCUCUUCUCGUCAAAGUGGAGCAAACAAUUGAGGCAGAAAUUGUUUUAUAUUUGGUGCUGGUAAAAAUGCGUAUUACUAUUAGAACAUUAGUAACAUUAGUAAUGCAGCACACUUAAAUGAGUCCCUCCUCUCGACACCAAGCAUUGUUACAGCUCUUGUAUGGGAUGAAUUUCAAUGUUGCAGGUGUACCUAAUGAAGUGUCUGAAACUUGGGCUUAAAAUGUUGCAAAGUGAUGUUAUUAGCUUUGCGGAUUGUUUCAAACUCCAUCCAUUCCAAAUGAAAAUAAAACCAUGCGCUAGGG